UCCACACUGAGAGUAGGCUACACGACGCGCGUACCAACACCAUUUAAAAACGUGACGGAAAUGUGUUCGUCUUGAAAUUAUGUACUGUCGUGAUGAUGAUGUUAUAUCAAACAUUGGUCUUAGUAGCGGCGUUUUCUUUCGCGAAAUCCCAGUGCCCUCUUAAGUGUUCCUGUUUCCACGUUCCAAUUUAUCCAGAAAACGGAGAACUAUUAAUUUUCUCCACGGUGAAGUGUUCUACACUUAACAUUAACGAAUCCCUUUUAGUCCCCAACGACACGAGGGAAAUUAUUUUUGAAGGUACGAACGUUGAUCUUGAACUGUUUACUGAAAAUAAAGAAUUUUGGAACGCUUUACCGAAUUUAACACGAGUGGAAUUUAAUAAAUGUAAAAUAAAAAGUGUUGAAAACGUGAGUUUUAACCUCGAAAGACUGAAAUCGUUACAAAUCUCAAAUAGCAACCUAACCGAAUCGUUAUGUUUCAAUUUAACGGAAUUAUUAACGUUGGAUUUAUCUCAAAACAAACUUACAUCGGUGAAAAAUUCUUUUACGUUUUUAGUUAACCUACAAGUGCUCAAUCUCAGUGCCAAUCAUUUAGUAUUAACCGAAAAAUCUUUUUAUGGUUUAAAUAAUUUAAAAUCUCUCGAUCUCUCCGAUAACCAAAUAAAACAACUUAGUGACAAAAUCUUUCUACCUCUCACCAAUCUCCAAUACCUCAACAUAAGCAAGAAUCGAUUAAAAAUUCUUAACGAAGAAUGGUUCGGAAAUUUAAUUCAUCUUCAACAACUCGAUGUGUCUCAAAACCAAUUAGAAAAAGUCAUUCCGGGAAAUUUAGAAUUUCCAAAUUUAAUGAGAUUAUUUUUAGCGGAAAAUCCUAAUUUAGGUAUAUCAAAACCCCCCACUUUAUUAAUUGGAAUGGGUUCUCGCCUACAAACGGUUGAUGCAUCCAACACGGGAUUAGAAAACGUUCCUUCUGCAUUAACCCAUUCGAUUCGAGCACUAAAAUUAUCUAAAAACUCAAUAGUCACCAUCAGCUGUGGUGAACUCGAUUAUUACCCGUUGCUUCAAGUUCUCGACUUUACUUCUAAUAAAUUAAAAACGAUCGAAGACGACGCUUUGGGGCGAUUAGAAUCGUUAACGAUCGUAUAUUUGAGCGAAAAUUGGAUGGUUAACGUUCCUGGAAGUUUACCAGAGAGAUUAGAAAUUCUCCACUUGGAUAAGAAUUAUAUCGGAACGAUACGAUUUGGCGAUUUCUUAGGAUUAAAACAAUUGGAAUUGUUAAAUCUUAGCGACAAUAAUAUAACUAAAAUUGAAGAAAACAGUUUCAACCACCUGUUAUCGCUUUCAUCUUUAGAUCUUUCCCGGAAUCCUUUGUACAUCCCACCCGGACUUUUAACCAUUCCGGGAAAAUUACAGUCUUUAAGACUAAGCGGAAUUCCUUCUUUAUUACCAGCUAAAGAAGUCACAUUUCCACUAACAACCCCCGAGUACUUGAUUAUCUUAGAUUUAUCGUAUAGUCCCGGAUUAGCUCAUCAGCUUUUGGCAGAUACAGCUGCAUUGGCAGCAUCUAGACAACUUCAAGAGCUGGAUUUAUCGGUCGCGGGAUUAGAAUACAUCAGAUCCGACCUGCUGCAUUACCUUCCCCAGCUGCGAACAUUGCACUUGAAAGGGAAUCCAUUAAACUGUACUGAUUUGCAAUGGCUCGCUAUGUGGAUGAGAAGACAAGGGGAAUAUGAGAAUAGGGAGGUGACUUGUGUUUAUCCUGGGGAUAUAUGGGGUGUUCCCCUCAUUGAUCUGCAAGGAUUAGACACAAAAGUAACUACAACAACCUACACCGAAACAACAAUAACAACCACUUCCGAAUAUCAACACUCAAUAAAUGUUACAGAAGCAACAACAAUUUACGACAAUAACACGAUGAAUAUAGAAUUUUACGAAGUCAUCGGAAAUAAUGGAACAAUGAUGGCAACCUCACAUCAUUACUACAGCGAAAAAAUAUCUUCUUUACAUCAUCCCGGCAUGUUAAUCCUGAUUUUAGGGGUUUUAUUAACAACGGCAAUUCUAACUGUAUUAACAACGCAGCUUAGUAAGAAAAGAAGGAGACAAACGGCGACAAUGAUGGAUAUGGAAGUAGGUAAUUUGCCCGGGGUUACCGAGCUAUGGUGACACUUAAGGAACUUGCAAGAUGAAGAAGAAACGAUGGUUCUCUACGACACCAUCGCAUAAAAAUCCACGGAAAAAUCUAAAAAAAAAAAUUCUAGUUGUAUCAAAAUGGAAAAUAAAAGAAAUUAAUAAAAACAUGUGCUUGUGAUAUAUGUGAAUGAGAAAUUUUUGUACACAUGAUUUUUUUCUACUGAAAUAAAAAUAAAAAACGAGUAACACUCGAUAAAUUGUAUAGAAAUAUUUUUUACUAUCAAAAUGUAAGAAAAAAAAUUAAAAAAAAAAAAAAUGCGUGCGUGUAAAGUAACGUAGUUUACGAUGAUAGAUUUUGAAUCUAUCAAAAGGUUUUGAUGUAAGUUUUUUGCUAUGAAUUUGUACAUAAAUUGUCAAAUAUUUGUAUUUACUUGGCGAAAUUGUUCUAUGUAUUGUGAUAGAAGUAAGAAUUUAAACAAAAAUAUAGAAAUAUACUUAAAAUAACA